UCAUUGAUGAAUUUAUUUUCUUAUGCGGUGUAAUCGGUAAUACUGGUGUUGUCCGUCUGUAUUUUAAAUGUAGGCUUUUUAGACAUUAAACAAAAGUUAUUUUAUAACUCAUGAAUCUAUAAUUCACCUUUCAUGUGACAUCAAGUUAUACAUUUAAAUGAAUCUCACUGUGGCAAUGGGGGCGUGGUUUAGUGACGUAUGCACCGGACCUGGGAAAGACACGGGAAAACCGGUGAACAAAUGGGUCGAUUGCAGACUAAGUUCACCUGCGUCUUGUUUUAGUGAAUGGCGAGGAGACUGCUUAAAGGCUGGCAGACUCAAGAGGAGAGGAAGAGAGAGACACGGACUGAAAGAGACGGGAACGAGCGGAAUCUCUGAAACCCGGAAGUGAAACCCGGGGGAAUGCUGACCAGAACCCUUUGUUAUUUUGAUGAUAGAAAGUGCGCAGUGGCGCUUCGUUUUUGUUAGAGUCUAAAAUAAAGUGACUCUGUCUCUCAGUCUACGCCGACCCCGCCUCCUUCCUUCCUUACACUCACGAACGUUCUCUACACUCACGAUUAGAGACAAUAACCCAGUUUAUAUUGAGAAAUCCCAAGAAGCCACGUGAUUGGCUAAACAGUGUUGAUCAAUUCACUUUCAGGUGACAUCACUUGUUGUUUACAUUUAAAUGAACCUUAAGGUUAUACAAUAACUCCGUUUAUAUUUAAAAUUCCCAAGAAGCCACGUGAUUGGCUGAACAGUGUUCUAAAAUACUGUGUCUUUUUGUUGGUAUCCACCACACUCAUAACCUAAAGCACACUGAAGACAGAGCAUAAAGCAUCUUCUCUGAGAUAUCCCUUGAGAUUUGACAAACAAUCACUACUUUUCUCUUAGCAAUUUACUUUCAGCACCAUGAAGCGAAGUGCAGAUGGUACCUUCUCUGGUCCAGGCUAUAACCUGAGAAAGACCAGAAAACCUUCGAGCCCUCUGAAGGAUCCCAACGUGUCUGACAACCUUGCAUUGAUAGCACAUGCAGUCAGCUUGGACCACAAGUACAGCUCCAAGUCUGGUAGCUGUCACUCAACAACACAUAAACAACUAAAGGGCAUUAAGCUAGAGAACCACAUCCUUAAAAAUGCAGCUGUAAUUCCUGAGUUAUCUCCAGUACAUACAAACACUCAAACCCCAGCACAUCUGGUAACACAUGCCGUCCGCUUGGACCACAACUACAUCUCCGAGUCUGAUAGCUCUCACUCAACAACACAUAAACAACUAAAGGGAAUAAAGCUAGAGAACCACUUCUUUAAAAACGCAGCUGUCAUUCCUGAGUUUUGCCCAAAAUUUACAAAGUCUCACACCGAAGCCCAACUGGUGCACACCAGCACUGAGGAACCUCUUUUAAUCCAUGGGAACAGCACAGAAGACCAUCAAAGAACGUAUCAUGCUGUGGUGGAUUCUAUGUUAAAGAAAUCCUCUGGAGAGCCUCACAACUACAGCCUGCAGUUAGGGCUUCGUGUGAAGCAACGCCUCUGGAAAACUCUAAACUGCCCCACCAUGAUUGAAGAAGAGCAGCCUGAUGGACUCAUCCAAGUUAAAGAGAUGUUCUCCAGACCAAGCCUAAAGAGAUCUGCCCCACGUAUAAAUGUCGACAUUAGCGGUGAACCCCUGCCAUACGCACCACAGAGGAAGAGGCCCUGCCUGUGACAUCCAUGCAGAGCCUAGAUUAUAUUUAGUGU